GAGAUGUGCUGCAGACCAAGCUAGCCUAUAAAGGUGUGUCUGCCGUGCCUCCGGUCCUCAUCCCGCAGUGCCUCCUUUCCGCUCCAUCUACCGCCCGAUACCCCCGCUCCUCUAGACAAAUAUAAGGCAGGCCUUUGGUACCCCGGUGGUCCAUCAAGAAUCUACUUCUUCUUCCUCACUGCGCACUCCCUCCCGUUAAGUCUCGCACACCGUACUGUCCUUCUACCCCAUCAUACCCCUUGUAUCAAUGGCCAACUUCCUUCCGCCGCGCGACACCCGCCCUUCUCUGCCUCCGCUGCACUCGCUCGGGCUGCCAUACCCCCUUGUGCGCGCAGAGCAAUCGGCUUACGACUCUUACGACUCUAAUGACCGUCUCUCUCCUGAGACGACACAGCCCUACUCCGCCCGUACCUGGGCCCGCGGACGCCAGUCCUCGGUCUCGUCCACGACAUCAUCGUGCACCGCGCCAUCACGCGCUGGCUCCCCAUCGGACACCCGGGCCCUCGCGCCGUCCCCCGAGGGCUUCACGCUUCUCCUCACGACCAUGGACAAGGCGAACGCCCUCAUCGUCGUUCCUCAAAUCCCACCCGUCCCUCAGCUCCCCAGUCCGCCGCCCACGCCGACGUCGUCGUCCGCAGCACGCUCGAGCCGCACAGUCAGACCCCUCCUCAUCACGGGGCCGAUGGUCGAGCACUUCAAGCAGAACCACACACGCAUAUCCCAGGUCGCUCGCAUGCACCCAUACCGCAUGGUCCCCAAGGUUUCUGGCCGCCGCCGCCCAUCUGCACCGCACUCUUCACUCACGACCGGUCGCCCGUAGGCGAUCCAUGGUUGAUGACCGCUCCGAGGUUUGACGGAUCAUUGAUUACGACCGUCCCGCCGUUUAUCCGACGUAUAUUAACGCCAUUGUAUCCUUUAGUGUAGUAUCACGGUCAUGUUCAUCAUUUCUGGGUUCACGUCUCUGUAUCAAGUACCGUAUCAUAUGGAGUAAUUAGGUGUAUCAUUA